AUGGCGGACCACUUCCUGGAGGCGCGGGGCCAGCUUAAUCUGGCCAACUUCAGGAAGGAGGCCAAGGAAGCCUUAGAUUCCCUGAAGGAAGAUGUGCAAAGCAGCAAACCCGCUCUAAAGAUAAAAUGUUUCUUGUGUGUGGACGGGACGUGUCUGAUGUUGCCAGAGGCAAACAUUCGCCUUGUGUCGCCGUUCCUAACGGGACAGGUAACUGUCAAGUGUAUGGACCAUCCUCUGUGUGACGUUAUUGUGGGGAAUAUUCAUGGAGAGAAAGACUUGACCGAACAAACCCUGAAGGAGGUGUCUGACGCGGAAGGUGAAGUCGUCGCUGCCGUCGACGGUAGUAUGCCAAGUAAGCUAAACCAACUUAGUAACGGUGGGAGUGUUGGGGAACGGGGGGACCUGCGGCUCUCGCAGUGGGGUGACACCGAUGCCAAGGAGCGCUUGAAAAGCAGGUCAACCACUCACGAGCAGUACCUGGAGAAGGAGAAGCUGCUGCAGCAGGUCUUCGACAUGAAGAAGCCGGUGUACCCCAAGCCCCGCAGAGUGCUCUACCCGAGGCCGCGCCUCAAAAAGAGGGAGCCUGAGGCCCAAACGCUGGUUUCGCCACUGGGCCCGACCGAUAACUACCCCGUGCCGGAGGUAGAUCCUCACGACAGCGUCCCGACCGAGUUCAUCCAGUGCUAUAGCCUGGCAGGAGCCGACCCUUCAGUCUCGCCCGGAGAAGACACCAUAGAGCACGGAAAUGGAAAGGCCAAGAGGAAGUGUCAGGAUGGACGGCAGGAGUUCCUUGAAAGGCAAGUGGACCGGGAAGAAAUGAUCCAGGAAAAAGAACUGCGCCUUGAGGAGCGAAGGCUCAAGCUCGACGAAGAGCAGCUGGCCUUUGAGACGACCAAGUUUGAAGCAGAGAUGGCGGUCAAGGUCAGAAGGCUAGACAUGGAGGAGGAGGAGCGCAGGAUACGCGACGGCACAGACAAGAUGCACCUGGAGCUCAUGAAGAUGAUGUUUGACGAACUGGUCCGGAAGGCACUGUGA